AUGCGGGGCAUCUCCCCUAAAAUCAUCAUGCACAAGUUGAGCAUCAAACCGUCUUUCUAUCCGAUCAAACAGAAGCGAAGGGCCUUUGACGAAGAAAGAUAUCAUGCAAUAAGGGAAGAAGUCGCCACGCUACAAGGCAUCAGGUUCAUCCACCAAGUCAAUUAUCCCCAAUGGAUUUCCAACUUGGUCAUGGUGAAGAAACCUAGCGGGAAGUGGCGAAUGUGUGUGGACUUUAAGGGUCUCAACAAGGCAUGCCCCAAGGAUAGUUUCCCACUACCCUGCAUUGAUCAGUUGGUCGACGCAACAGCGGGACACGAGCUAUUCAGCAUGAUGGAUGCCUUCUCCGGAAUUCAAAAGCUGCUUCUCCAGGGCGGCGUUGAGCUUCAAAUGUCCGGUGAGGCGCGUCGCCUUCACCCUUCUCUCAAGGUACACUAUUAUCACACUCUCAACUCCUCCCGACCCACCUCUGGUUUUCACAGCAGCUUUGAUUAUCUCACUCAUUUCUUGCCAUUCUCUUCUAACAAACCCAAUUCCAGAUCCUCUAUAAACUCCAAUGAGCGGCGUAAAGUCACUGUUGGGUUAUCCAGGAUCAUAAAGAACCAACAGGGCUAUGUACUGAAGGGCUUUUCCAGAACCUUCUGCCCAUUUUUUCUUGUAAAGAUUAUGAAACUGUUCUGUUGUAGAGAAAUUGCAUUUGGGUUCUUUAAACUAGCCUUUAGGGAUGAUAAUCAGCAGACUGUGGAGUCAUGUUGUGUGGCUGCACAUGUUUUGGCGGCCGAAAAUCUACGGUUUCUGGCUCAAGAUGUGGUUUCGUGUGUCAUUGGGAGGAUUGGGCCUAGUAGGAGUAGGGAUUUGGUGGGGUUUAUGUGGGGACGGCAUUGUGAAUACGAGUCGGAUUUUUCGGUUCUUGAUACACUACUGAGGGGGUUCUUGAAUGCGGAAAUGGGCGCCGAGGCUUUGGAGGUUUUGAGGAGGAUGAGGGAGGUGGGAGUGAGGCCGAGUUUGUCAGCGGUUGCGAUUCUGUUCAGGUUGUUGAUAAGGGUUGGUGAUUAUGGUAGUGUGUGGAAGGUGUUUAGGGGUAUGAUUAGAGAAGGGCCUUAUCCAUGUAAUUAUGUUUUUAGUGCAAUAAUUCUUGGGUUUUGUCGAAAAGGGUUGGUUAGAGUUGGGGAGAGUUUGUUACAGGUGAUGUGGAAAUUCCAAUGUGAACCGGAUGUUUUUGCUUAUAAUAUUGUGAUCUAUGCAAAUUGUGCGAGAGGGCAGACAGCUGAUGCACUUGAAUGGGUGGAGUUGAUGAUUGCGAGGGGAUGUAAACCGAGCAUUGUUACAUUUAAUACAGUCAUAAGUGCAUUGUGUAAGGAAGGAAAUGUGGUGGAGGCAAGGAAGCUUUUUGAUGAUGUCCCAGACAUGGGUGUUUAUCCGAAUACCGUAAUGUACAAUACCAUGAUGGAUGGGUAUGUUAAGGCAAGGGAGAUUGGUCAGGCUAACAUGCUUUUUGAAGAAAUGAGAAACAAGAGCAUUUCUCCAGAUGGCAUAACUUUCAAUAUCUUGAUUGGAGGGCAUUACAAGUAUGGAAGCGAAGAUGAUGGAGACAGGUUGUUGCGGGAUUUAUCUGUGUCAGGAUUACUUCCAGAUUCUUCAUUGUAUGAUAUCUAUGUUUCUGUGUUGUGUUGGGCAGAUCGGUUGGACGAUGCCAUGGCAGUUUUAGAGGAUAUGCUUGAAAGAGGAUUGCCUCUAAGUGUGGUCGCUUUCAACUCUGUCAUUGCAGCUUGUAGCAGAGUAGGGUUGGAAGAAAAAGCAUAUAAGGCCUUUAACUUCAUGAUUUCAUUUGGUAUAACUCCUUCAUCUUCUACAUGUAGUUCUUUGCUUAUGGGUUUAUCUAAGAAGGGUUACUUGCAAGAAGCCAGAGAGCUUUUGUGUAAAAUGAUGGAGAAGGGGUUUCCUAUCAGAAAAGCUGCUUUUACGGUGCUUUUGGAUGGGUACUUUAGGAUGGGUGAUUUAGACGGGGCACAAAGUUUGUGGAAUGAGAUGGAAGGAAGAGGCAUAUCUCCUGAUGUUGUUGCCUUUUCAGCAUUUAUCAAUGGACUAUCUAAAGCCAGUUUAAUGGAAGAAGCAUAUGAUAUGUUUCAAGAAAUGUCAAGAAGAGGUUUUGUGCCCAAUAAUUUUGUCUAUAAUUCUUUGAUUGGUGGGUUUUGCUACUGUGGUAAGUUGAGUGAUGCACUGAGGUUGGAGAGAGAGAUGAGGCAAAGGGGUCUUGUUCCAGAUAUUUUUACCACCAAUAUGAUCAUUCAUGGGUUCUGCAGACAGGGGAGGAUGAAGUCAGCAAUUAAUACAUUUAUGAACAUGUUCCAAACUGGGUUAACCCCAGAUAUCGUCACUUACAAUACAUUAAUUGGUGGUUAUUGUAAAGCAUUUGACAUGGUUAGGGCAGAUGAAUUUUUGUAUAAAAUGUACGCUAGCGGAUGGGAACCAGAUAUCACAACCUAUAAUAUAUGGAUGCAUGGUUUUUGUAGUAGCCGAAAGAUAAAUCGAGCUGUGAUGAUUCUGGAUGAGCUUGUAUUGAGAGGUGUUGUUCCGGACACAGUAACAUACAACACUAUGAUGAAUGGUGUUUGUGUUGACAUACUGGAUCGUGCUAUGAUUUUAACCGCUAAAUUGCUGAAGUUGGCGUUUCUUCCAAAUGUUGUUACAGCUAAUGUAUUGUUGUCUCAGUUCCGCAGGCAGGGGAUGCCUGAGAAGGCCCUAAUGUGGGGUCAGAAGUUGAGUCAGUUUUCCUUAUGUUUUGAUGAAAUUACCUACAAAAUAUUAGACAGAGCCUAUCAUAAUAUGCAAGAAGAUCCUGCAAUUCCAAGUGCAACACCUGAGAAAAGCCUCUUCUUGGAUUUCCUCAUGUACAUUACAUAUGAUUAUUUAUGUAAAAAUAAACCUUGCAGAGAUGUAAGACAAAACCCUCUUAAAGUAAUUGGUCUCAGUGGCCCCUGAAAGUUGAUUUAGUUCAUCAGCUUUCUGUUCAAUUACAUCAUCAAAGAGUCUCUAUGCAACACUAUUGAGGUCCCUUCCUGUCUCACAUUUUUCCUGCAUCAUGUGGCUAAAAUGUUCAAGGAGCACGAAUCAGGAAGAAGCAAAAAGCCAUUCGGCUAAUGUGGUUUUAACAGAAACUGACCAAGAAGUGUGAGAAUGAACAGCACAAGAAAUGCAAGCACAGUCCGAUAAAGGAGGUGGAAAGGAGAUUGGGCUAGUAGUAAAGAAGUAAAGCUCGGCCAGUGUUGAAGUGUUGGCUGAAAUUCCAGAAGGUGAUGAAUGUUUGUUGUUGUCCAAGCCAACUGAAAAGGUGCCACAUCAAGAGAUUAAGCUGCAACGAACAAUGUCAAUGUCCAGUGGGUCUCUUCAUUCCUUUGGGGGCUGCAUUGUCUCCUUUGAAUACUCUGGAGCUUCGAGUCAAUGAAUGUUUGAAUCCUAUUCUUCGAUGUUCCAAAAUCCCUUGACGAUAUGCAAGGCACCCUGCAUGGUUUAGAUCAGCUAACUCUUAUAUCAGGAAAAGCUUUCUAUUUCUGGUAGUGUUGAGAAUGUUUUGGCUGA